ACAAACUAUCGAACUUUUCUGCCACCUCUAGCGUGCACGUCAAAAAAAGCCGAAUUUAUUGGUUUUUUGUUUUAAAUAGUUUUGAAAUGGCGGCAGGUCCAAUUGCUGAACGCAACCAAGAUGCCACCAUCUACGCCGGCGGUCUGGACGACAAGGUGUCGGAAACGCUGCUCUGGGAGCUCUUUGUGCAGGCUGGACCCGUGGUUAAUGUGCACAUGCCCAAGGACCGCGUUACACAGAUGCACCAAGGAUACGGAUUCGUGGAAUUUCUCAGCGAGGAAGACGCCGACUACGCCAUCAAAAUAAUGAACAUGAUCAAACUGUACGGGAAGCCGAUAAGAGUGAACAAGGCAUCAGCGCACCAAAAGAACCUCGACGUUGGCGCCAACAUAUUCAUAGGUAACCUGGACGUGGAGGUGGACGAGAAGCUGCUGUACGACACGUUCUCCGCCUUCGGAGUCAUCCUACAGACGCCCAAGAUCAUGCGAGACCCGGAAACGGGCAAGUCGAAGAGCUUCGCCUUCAUCAACUUUGCCAGUUUCGAGGCGAGCGACGCCGCCAUGGAUGCCAUGAACGGUCAAUACUUGUGUAACCGGCCAGUGUCCGUAUCCUACGCCUUUAAGAAGGACCACAAGGGUGAGCGUCACGGAUCGGCCGCGGAACGAUUGCUGGCCGCUCAAAAUCCCUCGGCGCAUGCAGACCGGCCUCACCAGCUCUUCGCCGACGCUCCCGUCAAUCAGAACAUGAUGCCUGGCAUGCCCGGGCAGAUGAUGCCGCCACCGAUGAUGGCUCCGCCCCCGGCAGUGGUGCCGGUAUCGAACAACAAUAUGGGUAUGAUAGCGCCGCCGCCGCCUGUACCACAGCCUGCUCCGUUCCCAGCCACGAUACCGCCGCCGCCCCUGCCUCCAAUGUCCGGUGGCCAACCGCCUCUGCCACCGACGAUGGGAAUACCGCCGCCGCCCCGCAUGAUGCCAACGAACGCCUGGGCACCGCCCGGUAUGCCAGCGCCGCCGCCACGGCCGCCACCUACCAACUGGCGUCCGCCGCCCGUGCCGUUUGCACCAGCGCCUUUUGCACGGCCCUACCAACCCGAUGGCUACCAGUACUAGGUCCUUAUUCUAGAAUGUAGUUUAUAUACGAAUUCAGACGAGACGCGCGACGUUUGUGAACGUAAUUGUAAUAGGACAAGGCAUGGAAAUUAUGAUGCAUCGUAUGUUCUUAUUAUCAGGAGCAGUAAGAUUGCUAAAAGUUUUACUUUCUAUCAUGUUACUUUUAUCAAGAGGUCCACAUUGCAUUGGUCAAGGGUGCUGCUGGUUUGUGGAAUAGGAGCUGUCACAAAAUAAAUUGGAUUUUGAUUUAUAAACCUAAA